AUGUCAUCGAGUGCUGCUAAUUUAAACAUUCUGAUUCCUCCAGGGCCGAGUUCCCAUCACAAGGCCUCUUCUGGAGAUUAUGGAUAUGAUAAAGACUUUAAUGCCAAACAAAUGCACAGUUCUUUUCUAAAGCAUAGUUCUAAGACAAGUUCUCAAGAUCAAAAUUGAGAUGUUCUGUAUAAAUCAACCUCUGAUUUCGAAGUGCAUCUGGUCGAGAACGACAAUAAGGAAUCUGAGUCAGUUGCCAUUACAGAAACUACAACUUCAAAAUACAGAGGGAGGAAAUACGAACCUUCACCUACAAGCAAGAUCUCUUUACGGAUUAAUAAACUUAAGCAGUACCGGAGCAAACAAAAGCUGACUAGCUCCUCACCGUAUUUUAUGAACAAGACUUAUACUCCUAAGAGAAGGUUUGAGACCAAAUUCAAGUUUGGGCGCGAAGAUAGUCCAAAAGAGAUCAGCAAGAAUUCUUCUAUUAAGAAAUUUGCAUUAAGGAAUAAUAAAGAAAUUAGGAAUUCCAAAGACUCGGAUUUCAAUAUUAAAAAUGAAAUGCCCAAGACAACCAGAGGGCAUACCAAAAACAAACUCAGCUAUUGCAACAGUAAAGAGCUACGGGAUAUUCAGCAAAAGCUAGAACAUCACAGGAAGAUUUCAAAAGAUCUAGAACAAGUCAAUAGAGUUAGUCAAAGCAAAUACUCUAUUAGUAUUAAAGAUCAGGAUCCCAUGCCGGUCAGAAAGAAUUUGCAUAGGAGGAAUAACACAAAGAGUUUUCUUGCCAAAUAUGUCACUAAGGGCAGCAAGCCCUCAUACUUGAGAGAUACAGCGGGGAGCAAGACCAAGAGAUCCAUGGGAAGAGAGAAAGCAGAACGUAUCAGACAGAUUUCUAAAGAAAAAUCUCUAUAUAAACCAGUCAGCAAGUUGUAUACAAUCGAAGAGCCAGACCCUCAAGAAAAUCUAAAUGAUCUUAUCGAACUAGCUGAUAAGUUCUGGGAAAAUUGUGAACUAGAUACUAAGGUAAUGAAACCACCUAAAAGGAUAAAACAGACUAAAAUUAAGAAACAGGUGAGAACUGCUAGGCCUGGGUUAAAGCAAACUCAAGAGACUGUCCAAGGUAAGCCUCAGAGACCUCAAAGAGCCUAUGAGAAAAUCCCUGUUGUUACUGCACAAAAGUCUCAAAAACAUCUACAAAAAGUGCAGAAAAUAAAGCCAAUGCAGAAAGGAAAAUUAAUCAAUAAUAGUAUCAAAAAGACUUCUCAAAUUCCAAAGCCAAGCUUCUCACGGAAUAUUACAGGAAUGAAGACUCCUUUACUCAGAGAUCUGAAGCCCGUCUUAAAGGACCCCACUGUCUCCAUUAAAGAGAAAGCGAGAGCAAAAUAUGAGAAGAAGGAUUACCACUAUGAGUUCACAGUUAGAGAUUCUACCAACAGAGAUGAUGACAUCUCAGUCCCUUUACAGUCAGACUGAGGGGAUGAGAAGGGUUUCCCUCGAUUAGAUCCAACUGAUAGAAAGAACAUCAGAAGUACAAUCGAAAGAGGAAUGGGAGGGAUCAGCAAGCAUUCAAAUAAAAAUAGAAGAUCUCGAGCUGAAAGGAACAGCUCAAGAUAUGGAUCAUCAAGGAUGGGCUCUGUAGACACCAAUAAAAUUGCUUCUUCUACCUGUAAAAUGACCCCUAUGAAUCCAAAUAAGAGCAAACCUCCUGAGAGGGAAGAGUCUAUCAGUCAUUACGACAAAGAUCUCUUUAGUGAUGAAGAGUCAUCCAAGAAAUUAUUCCAUAUUGAAAAUAAAGGAUCGGAUGAGAAGCCUAUUGGCAAACAGAAGAUGCAGAAAUAUCAGAUCCAGUCGAAGAAAUUGAGGACGGAUGCUAAAGAUAAUAUGAAGAAGAGGAUCAACAGCACUACAAACCUGACCAAUUCUUUUGAAUAUCAAUUUAAAAGGAACAAUUUAGAAAACUCAAGUAUUUUGAAAUCCAAUAAUGAACAAUCAGCGUAUAAGUCUAAGAAAAUGUUUACAACAAGUUCACAGACCAAGAUAUUGAAGAGCCCAGCAUCGAAGGAAAAGGUGACCCAAAAAUAUGAUGCGAAUGAUUCAAGGAUAGUCACUUCAUUCAAGCCCAGUUCUCUGAAUGAUGAUGAGAGCUGGCUUUAUCAUGCACGGUUUACACAAGAGUACUCAAGUGAGUCCAAACAAUGUACCACUCCAGUGAUAUCAGUAUCAAGACUUCAUAAGCUGAAUGAGGUGGAGAGAAAAGCUAUUAUUAAGAAAGCAGAGAUUCUUAAAGAGAUCACCAAGGCUAAGAACAAGAAUUCGACUUAUCAGCAUCAUACUAUUAGAAAUCUUGAGAAAAAGAAUAGCAAUCUAUCACCUAAAUCCCCUGAGGAUGGCCUGGCUAAAGCCAAGAAGAAGAUCCUAGAAGAUGAAGAGAACCAAGCUUUAUUUGCAGCUAAUAAGCUCGUAUCUGCCCAAGUGGCUGAGUAUAAUAAAAAACUCAGAUUCUUGACAUUACAAAAGACAAAGAAGAAGCAGAAGCAGAAAUAAGAAGGAGGAAUCUGAGAAAUCUAAAAUUUCUGAAAAGAAGAGAUCUCAGAUUAUCCAAGACGCUGAAAGGGAAUAUCAGUCUAUAUACUUAAUGGAAGAUUUCAAAUCUUAUAAUAGGUCAUGAGAGGAAAUCAAUGUGAGGUUCCAGACAAACUCUACUGCUGAGAGGAGAGUCCCGGUAAUGCAUAAUUCAAGGAAUAAGUCUCAAGAUACAUUUGGACAAAAGCAAGGAUCGAAGUUCAAGCUUACGAAUAACUCAAUCAAGCAUGAAGAAUUACAAGAAUAUUUGAAAGACUCUAGUUUCGGAAAUCGAGAGAAGAUCUCUUUUGAUGAGGAUGGACUCUAGUCCCAUUUUGUAACUUUUCAAUAUUAAU